AUGGGGGCCUUGUUUGUCUGGGUCUCAGGCCUCCUGACUCUGCAGAUGCUUCUCUUUGUGGCUGGGGAGCAGGGCCUACAGCACACCACCGCAGCUGCAGCCACUGCUGAGAAGGGGCUCCACAUGCAAAAAGUGGGGUCUGGGUCAGUCCGGGCUGCACUGGCAGAGUUGGUGGCCCUGCCCUGUCUCUUUAGCCUGCGGCCACGGCCAGGUGCAGCUCGAGAAGCCCCACGGAUCAAGUGGACCAAGGUGCGGACUGCAUCAGGCCAGCGGCAGGACUUGCCCAUCCUAGUGGCCAAGGACAACGUGGUCCGAGUCGCCAAGGGCUGGCAGGGACGUGUGUCACUUCCCGCCUACCCCCGGCACCGGGCCAACGCCACAUUGCUACUGGGACCACUGAGGGCCAGCGACUCCGGGCUCUACCGCUGCCAGGUGGUGAGGGGCAUCGAGGAUGAGCAGGACCUGGUGCCCCUGGAGGUGACGGGUGUUGUGUUCCACUACCGAGCAGCGCUGGAUCGCUACUCUCUGACCUUUGCUGAGGCUCAGGAGGCCUGUCGUCUCAACUCAGCCACCAUUGCAGCCCCGCGGCACCUGCAGGCUGCCUUUGAGGACGGCUUUGACAACUGCGACGCCGGGUGGCUCUCUGACCGCACUGUUCGGUAUCCUAUCACCCAGUCCCGUCCUGGUUGCUAUGGUGACCGUAGCAGCCUUCCGGGGGUGAGGAACUAUGGGAGGCGAGACCCACGGGAACUCUACGAUGUGUAUUGCUUUGCCCGUGAGCUGGGGGGCGAAGUCUUCUACGUAGGCCUGGCCCGCCGCCUGACCCUGGCCGGCGCGCGUGCGCAGUGCCGACGCCAGGGCGCCGUGCUGGCCUCGGUAGGACAGCUGCACCUGGCCUGGCACGAGGGCCUGGACCAGUGCGACCCGGGCUGGCUGGCCGACGGCAGCGUGCGCUACCCGAUCCAGACGCCGCGUCGGCGCUGCGGUGGCCCAGCCCCGGGCGUGCGCACCGUAUACCGCUUUGCCAACCGCACGGGCUUCCCGGCACCUGGAGAGCGCUUCGAUGCCUACUGCUUCAGAGCUCAUCACCCCACAUCCCAACAUGGAGACUCAGAGACCCCCUCAUCUGGGGAUGAAGGGGAGAUUCUGUCGGCAGAAGGGGCCCCUGCUGGAGAUCUGGAGCCCAGCCUGCAGGAGGAGGAGGAGGUAGUCACCCCAGACGUCCAGGAGCCUCUGGUGUCUAGUGGGGAAGAAGAGUCUCUGAUCUUGGCAGAGAAGCAGGAGUCUCAAACGACCCCCAGCCGUGCCCCUGGGUUCCCCACAUUAGCCUCAAGUCCUGCCCUGGAGGCUGAGGAGGUGUGGCUGAGCACCGUGGCCCCCAGCCCCAGCAGCGUGGAGGCAGGCACUGUGUUGGGCACGCACGCAGAGACAGCCCCAGCCAGCACCACGCCCAGGAAGAGGGAGCGCUUUAAAGGGUUGAACGGGCGCCACUUCCAGCAACAGGAACCCCAGCAAGGGCUGAAGGGAGCACUUGAGGCCAGCGUCCAGCCCCCGACCCCAGAGGCUACUGGGAAUUAUGUGGAGCCUCCCAUGACCACUGGAGCCACAGACGCCUUGGGGAGUGGCCAGAGCCAGAGCCCCUGGGCUGUGCUGACAAAUGAGGUGGAAAUGCCCAGAGCUGGUUCCCUUGGUGGCAGGAGCCCCCAAGAGCCCUGGCUGUGGCCCCCAACCGUGGUCCCGCCCAUCAUCCCAGACCCCAGCAGAGCCCUUGACCUGGAACUAGGAGAAGCCAAGCGCUUUAGUGUGAGACCAGUCACCUCCGACCUGCCCUGGUCCCCCUCGGAGACCACUCCCAACCCCUCCAGUGGCCCCAGCCCUGCCCCCUGGGAGGCUUCUCCCGCGGUCAUUUCUCCAGACCUCCCUGUGAUGGCCAUGCUUCGCGCCCCCAAACUGUGGCUCCUAUCACAGGAGCCUCCUACACCGCUCCCCACUGAGGCCAGUGGAGUCAAGGGGCAUAGUGUGGCCAUGGCCGCUGCCCCGCCCUCCCCUGCCUCGGAAAUGGAAGCCAGCCCACAGGAUCCCAUCCAUCCAGAAGUGUAUUCCCUGCCCUCCUCCUCCGGCCUGGCAGGACAAGAUGGAGAGUCCACAUCCCUGUCUCUCAGCGGCCACGGAGGAGGAAGUCCUCCGGCCCCUUCACAGGCAGCCAUAGACACACAAGCUGGAGCCAGUCCUAAUUCCCCUGGAGUAGACUUUGGAGAAACGAGGGGGGCCAGCCCUACUGAGCUCAGCAAAGCUGAGCACCCUGGAUCCAGCCCACAGGCCUCUGUGGACGGGAAUGUGGGGGCAGAUAUCACUGUUUCUGAGACUGCCACUGAGCCCCUGGGAGCCAGAGGCGUCUCGGAGUCUGAGUCUGGGGUCUUCAACACAGCAGAGAGUCCCACCUCCAGCUUGCAGGCCUCCAUGGACAAGAUGCAGGGAACGUGGGCCUCACUGCACAGGGGAGGGCUGGACCCCCACUCCCUAUCUGCACCCUUGGGGGUCCCUGAAGUCUCCUUGAUGCCCAACGUCACCACCCCACAUUCGGGCCCUUGGGCUGCUACAGAUGGAGGAGUCACAGUGGAUCCUAUGGAUUCCACAGUCACACUGGACACCAGCGAUGCUGGCGGGUAUUGGGAACCUGGAUCCCACAUGAUCGAGGGAGCCCAAAGCCCCACCUUGAGCCCUCAAAUGGCUGUGGAUACAAGUGUGGUGACAUCCCUCACGUCCUUGGACCUGGGGGACAAGGUCGGGGUCCUGUCCCCGUUCACAGUGGCCUCCUCAAGCUCCCGGCCCCACCCAGAGCCAGAGGGCCAGCUGGUGACCCAGGGAACACUGGGAGCCGUGGAGCCUCCACAGGAGGGCAGCCACUCGGGGGACCCCAUUCUUCCUCCCUGGACGUCGACAGCAGCCAACAAGGACGAGCCCAUUUCAGUUUCCUCAGGGGAGACUACAGUGCCGUGGGACUCCCCCAGCACCCUGAUGCCUGCCUCCCUGGGCCCAGAGGAAUUUGAGCUGGAGGUCCUGGUGGGGAGCCCAGGUGUGGAGAGCUUCUGGGAGGAGGCAGCAAGUGGAGAGGAGCCCGCCCUGCCAGGGACUCCUGCAAAUGGGAGUGCGGAGGAGGUCCCCUUGGAUCCCUGUGAGAACAACCCUUGCCUGCAUGGGGGUACCUGUAGGGCCAAUGGCACUAUGUAUGGCUGCAGCUGUGACCAGGGGUUUGCUGGAGAGAACUGUGAGAUCGAUAUUGACGAUUGCGUCUCCAGUCCCUGUGAGAACGGUGGCACCUGCAUCGACGAGGUCAACGCCUUCGUCUGCCUUUGCCUCCCCAGCUAUGGGGGAAGCCUCUGCGAGAAAGACACAGAGGGCUGUGACCACGGCUGGCACAAGUUUCAGGGCCAUUGCUACCGCUAUUUUGCCCACCGGCGGGCAUGGGAGGACGCCGAGAGGGACUGUCGCCGACGAGCCGGCCACCUGACCAGCAUCCACUCACCGGAAGAACACAACUUCAUUAACAGUUUUGGGCGUGAGAACACGUGGAUCGGCCUGAACGACAGGAUCGUGGAGAGGGAUUUCCAGUGGACCGACAACACAGGGCUGCAAUUUGAGAACUGGCGGGAAAAUCAGCCGGACAAUUUCUUCGCGGGUGGGGAGGACUGUGUGGUGAUGGUUGCACAUGAGAGCGGGCGCUGGAACGACGUUCCCUGCAACUACAACCUCCCCUAUGUCUGUAAGAAGGGCACAGUGCUGUGUGGUCCCCCUCCAGCAGUAGCGAACGCCUCGCCCAUUGGCGCCCGCAAGGCCAAGUACAAUGUCCAUGCCACAGUACGCUACCAGUGCGACGAAGGAUUUGCCCAGCACCACGUGGCCAUCAUCCGGUGCCGGAGCAAUGGCAAAUGGGACCGGCCCCAAAUCGUCUGCACCAAACCCAGACGGUCCCACAGGAUGCGGCGACACCACCAUCACCACCAGCAUCACCACCAGCAUCGCCACCACAAAUCUCGCAAGGAGCGCAGAAAACACAAGAAGCACCCAGCAGAGGACUGGGAGAAGGAAGAAGGGAAUUUCUGUUGA